UUAAUACCCAUUGUGUCUCUCCUAUCGGGAGAUUAUCUUUCCUUUCUUCUCUCCUUUUUUAUUUUAUUUUAUUUUAUUUAUUUUUUUUUUACGACCGGGAUCUGGCGUGCAUGUCGUUGCAUACGAGUAGUUUUCACUGCUGGUUUGCUUUUAUCUCUUCCUACGGUUACUAUUAAUAUUUGCUGGAAUAUGCAAAUUCAGUUCUCCAGCGGCCCCGCCUUUGCGUCUACCCCGCCAUGAGUUCAUCCCUCGAGGCCAAGAUCGUCAUCUUGGGCUCACAAGGCGUUGGCAAAACGUCUUUGGUCCAACGCUAUGUGAAGAACGCUUUCAACCCUGUGGGAACCGCGUCCACUGUUGGUGCAUCCUUCGUCACCAAGCGUGUCCUCGAUAGUUCCUCGGAUACCAUUGUCCGUCUGCAAAUAUGGGACACGGCUGGACAAGAGCGGUUUCGCAGUAUCUCGAAGUUGUACUACCGUGGCGCUAACGCCUGCCUCCUGUGUUACGACAUUACGGACAAACAAAGCUUCCUGGAAAUGACGGGGUGGUUAUUGGAAUUGAAGAAGAACUUGAGCGAUGAGGAUCCUGUUGUAAUCCAUGUCGUCGGAACGAAAUCGGACAUCGUAGCGCUGGAUCCAUUGCGCCGUCAAGUCCCCUUUGAACGCACCAUCGCCUACGUCGCCGAGCAGCUCUAUCCGUCUCAGGCGUCCACUCCCCCACCCACGGCUGGCGUCAGCCAUUCGUCUAGCACCACGCUCCAGGGUCUCGACAGCAAGCGCAGUAGCGGAUUUUGGGGACAGGAUAUCGGAUGGGACUGCUGUCAUGAAAUCAGCGCCAAGGACGGAGAGGGCAUCGAGGAGGUUUUCCAGGUCAUCACGCGCAAGCUGGUGGAGCAGCGCAAUAAACAACUUGGCAUUACCUCAUCUCAGGGAUCUACAUCAGGUAUGGACGGCGUUACAUCGCCGGUGGGACCGAGGAGUCUCGAAGGAAACGGUAGUUUCCGGCUGGGACAUGGUGACAAUCGUCGAAGCUGGCUUGGAUUCCCCCCGAGUAGUGUCGGAGACGAGCUCGAUGAAAGGAUUGAAAUUACUAAGAAGAAGGGAAAAUGUUGCUGAGCUCUUUUCGGCGGCGCCCCCAGUCCGACACUCACUUUUGCUGAAAUCAACGGCCCUCGGCAUUCGCUCGGCUGUUCCUGUCACUCUCACCCCGAUACUGGCGAAUCUACUUCUCAAUUCCCGUAUUGCUCUGCUUUGCAACACCCAACUUACACUCGAGUUAGGACAAUAUGACCUGACCGACGUGUUUUUUAUCGACAAUGUCUCGAUAUUCACAUUUUUCUCUGAUACCUCUCACAACCGCAUUGGAUUGGUCUGGCGUUCUCUUGUUGUUGACCAAGCUGCAUAUUGCAUAUUGCAUGUAUACUUUCCCUUUAGGAAUUUUCGUUUUGUUUAUCUUCUCUGUUGUUAUUUUGUGAGGAGAGUUGAUAUCUUUCUGUGAGCUGAUGUUGCUGUACGAGGCAAGAUGAUUUAUGUGUGCAAGCUCAAGGCGCAGGCGCCUGGGUAUGUUUAAAGCAUGAUUUGGAUGUUCAUAUUGUGGUUUCCAAGGAUGAAAAUUGAAUAUGGCAUGAAAUCUACUUGA